AUGACUCGAACAGCAGUGCCAGGCCAGUACUUGAUGGCGGCCGUGGAGGAGGAAAACGGCAUCUUCAAGCGCUACUUCCCAGGUAAGGGCGCCAUUUUGACGACCUUGGAUGUGGAGAAUGGCCAAGCCGAGGUUAUUCUGGCGACAGUGCUUGGAAGUGUGGUUGUGCAAGAGCUAGCGAAAAAGGACGAAGAAGAGGACACUAGAGAGAAACAGUACCUCGUUUCGGUAGUCUCAGGCAACGAAUAUGCGACAUUUGCCAAAGAGAUCGAUGCCAAUGCCCAAUCGGUGGUUUCUGCUACUUCGACGAAUCUCCCAAGAGAAGGCGAUGUCGUGUUGGUGAAGGUGAUCAGACUCAACUCAAGGCAGGCCACGUGUGAGAUCUUGUGUAAAGAAGGCAGUGGAAACGUUGCCUCAGACUCGGGCAUGGGCUCCAACGGCACCUCGGCCCAGUACUCGGUGCCAAUGGGUGGAGGCUCGCAACUUCUAUCGUCGUAUGGAGCUGUGGCGUCCAAUACUCUUGCAGGUGCUCAGCCUGUGGAUGUGGGAGAAGCGUUUCGUGGUUUAAUCAGAAGCCAGGAUGUUAGAUCAACCGAUAGAGAUAAGGUGAGGAUUGUCGACUGUUUCCGUCCUGGUGAUGUUGUGAGGGCUUCUGUGCUCUCUCUAGGCGACGGUUCCAACUACUACUUGACCACGGCCCGUAACGAUUUGGGGGUAGUGUUUGCCAAGAGCGAAGGAGGCGCCGGCGACAUCAUGGUUGCGUUGGACUGGGAAACCAUGGUAUGUGAGAAGACUGGAGUCAUCGAGAAGAGAAAGUGUGCCAAGUUGUUUGCCUAA